AUGGGCCGAACCAUAUCGAUCCAGAAGCUCAAACUCUCAAGAACUCUCAAGAAAGCUUUAGAAUCCCCAGAUACUCCCAAAUUAGACCUGGCGUCAGUGUUCGGCAAAUUUGACUCCCCAAAAACCCAGAAGGCUGGGAGACUUUUCGAGCUCCAAACAAUGGCGAUAGCAGACGCUUUAGGCCAAGCUGUAUCUGGCUCUUUGGUUCAUGAGAAAGCAAAACAAGGGGUUUAG